ACAGCCUUUCUUGGUUGGUGACAUGUCCAUUUCAUAAGGCUCAGAGAUCCCGUGGGGUGGGGCUUCUACGGAAACAAAGCGCAGGCGGGCUGGCUGCUCCCUGUGCUGGGAACCCCCGCCCCCAGGCCUAACCCCAACCUGCUGUCUCCUCCAGGUAUCCCCCAAGCCUGCACUUUGGGCGCUCCUGUUGGCGCUGCUGGGGACCGCGCCAAGCCGCGCCCAUUCCCCGGCCUGCAGCGUCCCCGACGUGCUUCGCCACUAUCGCGCCAUCAUCUUCGAGGAUCUGCAGGCUGCCGUGAAGUGGGGCGGGGCGGGGGCCGAAGAGACCAGGCCAGGCUCCAGACACUUUCAUUUCAUACAGAAAAACCUGACUAGACCCGGGAGCUCGGGACGGCGGGGACGGCCUCGGGCCUCCUGCGGCGCCCAGAAGGUAUGGAGGAGGCGCCCAUACCCAAGUUCGACGGUCUGCUCCUCUCUCAGUCGCCCCCCACCCCCACCCCGCCUUCCUCCCUUCCCUCCCCAGGAGCACAGUAUCCUCCUGUCCAUCUCAUCCCUGGGUCGGACCCUGCGCGGGGCGGUGGCCGGGAGCCGCCGCGGUGCCCUGGAGAGAGCUGCGUGGACCGUGGCUGUGCGCACCGAGGCGGUGAUGCGGCGCCACUGCAGGACGCUGCCCCAGCGGAGCCGGCGGCCCGAGGGGCGCCCUGCCCGGCGUCGCGGCGGCCGAAGGCAGCUCCUGCUGCGCGCCCUGGACGCCGUCGCCACCUGCUGGGAGAAGCUCUUCGCGCUGCACGCCCCGGCCUCCAGGGGCUCCUAGCGCGGCCCGGCCUGGCUCUGCCUCCGGCGCCCUGCGCGGGGAGGGGAACCAGCGGGGCCGCGGCAGCCUGGAGACGCGCCUCGUUUUGUCGACUUGUUGGUGACCUCGGCCCCUCGCUCGACGCAGCCCGCGCUCCCCGGAGGGCCCAGGACUUGGAGAAGGGAGCGCGCCCGGCCGCCGCUGGGUCUCGGAGGAGGCCCGCCCUCCACGCGCCGAAGGCCUCAAUAAACGGAGCUGGCGCUGCGGGUCCGGCACUCCCUUCGCCUGCCUCUCUGUGGGCCUAGGACCGCCCCGGGAUCUGCGCUUCGAUGGCGGGGGGGCGGUGGAGGGGGAAUGCGGGGACCGGCACUUCCUGUGGCACCUGGACGGGGCGGAGCCGCCGCUCCCAGCCUCGGGCAGCAGAGGGCGGGCGCGGGACGCUGGGCGCGCUCCGGCUCGGUCAGCUGCUCCCGGCUGGGCGGAGGGGAGAGCGGGGGACUCCUGGGGCCCCUAAAACGUCACGUAUCCAUCCUGCUCCACUUUGGACCGGGGCCGGGGGUGGAAAUUGAGGGGAGGGGAAGGCUGGACUUGGUGGAUUCGGAGCAAAACAACCGGAUAAAGGAAACGGGCCCGAAGGGAAGCGGGAGCUUCGGGCCCUGGCUGUGAGCUUGGCCAGGCUAUUUCCUGCUGCCUCGGGAGGGGUGGCCACGGCCUGGGCUCAGAGACUGCCCAGCCUCCUCUGCAGGACUGGCCAGGCUGGGGCCUGCUUUCUGGCCCCUGGCACCCUGCAUUUGGUGGGGACUGACCCCUGGUUCCCUCAUCUGAUGCACGGGUCUGGGAGUCUGUCAUCCCCUCCCUGAUCUCGGCCCAUGGAGGAGCACAGGAGGUAAAGUCCCUGGCACCUGUUCCCUCCCCUUCCCUGAGAGGCAGCGAGCAGGCUGUGCCUCUGGCAUUCUUUGGGAUCAGGGGCAGCAGCAGAAGAAAGAAGGAACCUCCCAAGCUAACCCUGACCCAACUCCACACUCUGUGUUAAUGUAUUUAGUCUGUACAACAAGAGCUACUGUCUGUUUUAUAGAUGGGGAAACUGAAGCACGAGGAGGCUGUGAGACUUGCCCCAAAUCACAGUCAGCAAUGUAAGAGCUGGCCUCAGGCCCAGGCCCAGGGCAUGGGAUCUGCCUGGAGGCUGGGGACCAAGCUUCCUGGACUUCAGAGCCUUGGACUCACCUGCAGAGUUAGCACUUCUGACAGAGUCCCUGGCCAUGCUUUGAGCACAAGCACCCAGCAAGCGUUCCCAGGCCUCGUUCUGCAUUGCCUGCUCCAUGGGGGCCAGCGUGGGCAAGUGUGGGAUGAAGGGGAGAGGCAGGGUGCAGGAGCCCCAGCUGGAGCCCAAGCACUUGAGGGAGGCAUUCGGACUUACCCCUAGGCAGCGGAAGGUCUCUGGUGAAAGAGGGAUGUUAGAAUUGGGAAUCUAGAAAGAUCCCCGCGGCUUGUGUGGAGGGCUGGUGAGGAUGAAAGGGUGAAGAGAGGUCCAGGCUGCCCAGGGUCCUGGCUGGAGUACCUGGGUGGGUCUUUGGGGAACCUGAACAUGGGAAGCACUAAAGGGGGAGUGGGUCUGUUUGAGGUCCCUGAGGGAGCUGGGGAACUGUGGGCGACUUAUGCUGGGGUGUGGAGCAUAAGGUAUGGACAGCAGAGCGUGGCUGGGAGGCAGCUGAUUUGAGGCCCGGAGAAAGAAAAGAAUCCAGGGUUCUGGGCUGGGCUCAGGGACAGGAUGGGGACAGGCCCUCCAUGAAGGCUCCCACUGUCACACUGCCCCGGGGCAGCUGACUUCUUGCACUUAGACCUGCCCCAACCCCUGGGCCAUGGGGAGGGCACGCCUCUCCUGUCCAUGCGUGACCUCCUGGGCUGCUCCAUGGCUCCUGCCCACCCACAGUGCUCCCGUUCCGCUGUUCAGAGCAGUCAGAGGCUGGGGAUGUGGGUGGGCAACAGAAACAGCUCCCUCUACCCUGACUGAGAAAGGUUCAAACAAACCACAGCCUCUCGGGGGCAGGAGGAGGAACAGAGGCCUCAGGGUUUUGGGGACACAUGUCCGUGCCUAGUCCUGGACCACGACCACAUGGAUGGGUGAGAAGCCCUGCGUCCUGGCCCGUGGCUCCUCCCCUCAUGCAGAAUGGGAGCAAGGUGGGCUUUGGGCUUCUGGGACAAAGUUCACUUGUCCAGGGUGGCGACAGCCCAACCAGACUAGGUGUAGGGGCAUGUGUGGAGCUACAGGAAGAGGUCCAGAGCUACCGAGAGCCACAGAGACUAGGAGAGAAGCCGCGGUGCCUGCUCAGACCUGAGAGGCUCAGGUCCUCUUUGGGUUCAGUGCUGGGACCGUAGCCCCUCUGUAGCUCCAUGAGGAUAGAGGCAUGUCUCCCUUAGCAUGGUACACCAGCACCUGGCCCAGGCUAGCACAUGAGCUGCUCAACAAAUGUUUGUUGCCUGGAACUGACCAGAAUCAACCCAGAGAUGGAAAUAGACUCACUGGCCCCACGGCCGAUAGGGACAGAGCCAUUGGCCAUGGAACCACUGAGGGCAGAUCCCAUGGACUGGCCCUGUAGGUCCAUAGACCGACUGGUGGUGCCUUCCCUGCAGAGGCCCAGGGAAGGUGGCCUGAGCCUGGUUCUUUGUCAAAUACUGUUUCUGGGUUGGAGCUGCACACAGUACUGUCCUGUCCCACCCUCAUGCCUUCUCAGGGCUUGGCUGCUCCGGGGAGGUGGGGGCUGUGCCAGGGUAACAGAUGGGGCCUGCAGGGCACUGGCUGGGGUUGUGCAACUUCCCACAGCUCAGGAGUCAGACCCCUCCAUGUGCAGCGCUGGGAAGAGGGGCCAGGCAGGCUUUGAAGGGGCCCGGGUCCCGAGGCCUCCCCAGACUGGGAGCCUUUGAAAGAACAUCUGGAACUUGGGCAACUGGCUAGUCUCUGGAUUUGCAAAACCAAAAGUUAAUCCUGACUUUUCCUCUUGUGUGUUCCCCACCCCUGCCCCCAAGCUCCUCUCUCUCCCCACCCCACCUCCACCUCUUCAGCGGUGGGGGAUGCAGCCUCUCAUGAUCUCCCAAAGCACCUUCCCCCACCACCACCGCUGGCCCCCACCCCAGCCUGGGAGUUCUGCUGAAGCUGACCCGAGGGAGGUGGUGGGAAAGAUGGAUGUUGUCUCAGUACCUGCCAUACCCAGGCCCUGUGAGCGGACAGGACAGACCACCACUCCGAGGCUGGAGACGGCUGGGGAGGAGUGUGAGUGGUCCUCAGAGGAAACAGCUGCUCCCAGACCUGGGAGGUGCCCGGCCUUGUGUGGGCUCUGAGCCCUGCAGGUGUGCAGGGAGGCCCCCCUGCUCCAGCUGUGGCUGACUCGGAAACAAGUUCCCCCCAGCUCCAGGAAACACACACUCACUGGUGGGGGGAAGCCAGGUGCUGGGGCCCAUUGUCUCUGCCAGUGCCUUCAGGACCCUAGGGGAGGCCCAGCGACAGCCCCCAUCCUGCCCCCUCCCCAGGAAAAGACCCAGCUUUGUAAACACAGAAGCAACCAUCGCUCCUCCCCGCUCUUCCCCCUCCCCAUUAAAAUCCGGAAGAGCCAGCGGGAGGUCGCACCUGCUGGGGGAAGUGAGUCCUUGUUUUGGGGGAAAUGAGGAGGUCAGGCCUCUGGGGGCAGGGCAGGGCCGCGUGCGCUGGGGAGGUGGGCAGCCCUGGGGCUGGACGCGGGUUCCCGGGUUGCCCUCCGGCCUCGCUCCCGUCGGGAGGUCCCGACACGGGCGGCCUCGCAGUCUCCCCGCCUGGCCCGGCUGGAUUGUGACAGCCGCGGUCGGGGGCAGAGGCGGCCAGGGCUCCCCACCAGGUGAGCAGGCCCUGUCCUUGGCGCCCCCUGCCCGGCUUGAGGCCAGGGGUCCGGGCUGCGGCCCGAGAUAAGCGCCGCGCCCGCCGCCGUUUCCUGCACUUCCAGCGCCGCCGCCGCGCGCGGCUUCCUGUUUU